AUGGAUCAGGAUAAUAGUACAAUCAGUGAGUUCAUCAUGUUGGGAUUCACAACCGACCCGGUGAUGCAGAAGAUACUGUUUGCAGUGUUCCUUGUUGUAUAUACCUUGACUUUGCUGGGAAAUAGCUCCCUCAUUGUGCUAAUUUGCAAUGAUUCCCGGCUCCACACACCCAUGUAUUUCUUCAUUGGAAACUUAUCAUUCCUGGAUCUUGGGUUGUCUUCUGUUUACACCCCAAAGAUCCUAGCAACAUGCAUCUCUGAAGACAAAAGCAUCUCCUUUGCUGGCUGUGUGGCUCAAUUCUUCUUCUCUGCUGCACUGGACUACACUGAGUGCUAUCUUUUGGCUGCCAUGGCUUAUGACCGCUAUGUGGCCAUCUCAAAGCCUCUGCUUUACUCACAAGCCAUGCCCUUGAAGCUAUGUGUAUUUUUUGUGGCUGCCUCAUAUAUGGGUGGUUUCAUUAACUCUGUCAUCAUCACCAAAGACACUUUUGCCUUGAAUUUCUGCAGUGACAAUGUAAUUGAUGACUUUUUCUGUGAUAUCCCACCCUUGGUGAAGUUGGCCUGUGGCAAGAAAGAGAGUUUUCAGUCUGUGUUGUUCUUCCUCUUGACUUCCAAUGUCAUCAUCCCCAUUGUGUUUAUCCUGGCCACCUAUCUCUUCAUCAUUGCCACUAUCCUGAGGAUUCGCUCCACUCAGGGUCGCCUUAAGGCCUUCUCUACCUGUUCCUCCCACCUCAUCUCUGUGACCUUGUACUAUGGCUCCAUUCUCUACAUUUAUGCUCGUCCCCGAUCAAGCUACUCUUUGGAUAGGGACAAAAUUGUUUCAACCUUUUACACAGUUGUUUUCCCCAUGCUGAAUCCUUUGAUCUACAGCCUGAGGAAUAAAGAUGUGAAAGAGGCUCUGAAGAAACUCCUCAAGUGA